UUACGAUUAGAGCAUGCAAGAGGGAGGGACAAAAUCACAGCACAUUGCCCUACCACCAACCCAUCGACCAUAAUAAAUGCUUCUCCUUGGGGCUGUUGGAAGGAUUUCGUUCCCAAAGGCAAAGGCAGUCCGCUACCGAUUCGUCUCCCUCCUCGCAAACCGCAGCCGCGUCCGACUCCAAACUUUGCAAACCAAACGACGACGAGGCUUCUUCCUCGUUUUCUUCUCCCCGCCGCAGUGCAGGCCGGCCUCGUUCUGUCCUCCCCCUUUUCUUGUCUCGGCGGGCCGGCGCGCGGCAGCCGUGGCGCAGCCAUGGAAGUGGCGUACCACGAGGAGUACGUGAGGAACUCGAGAGGGGUGCAGCUCUUCACCUGCGGGUGGCUGCCCGCCGCCGCGUCGCCCAAGGCGCUCGUCUUCCUCUGCCACGGCUACGGCAUGGAAUGCAGCAGCUUCAUGAAAGCGUGCGGCGUCCGGCUGGCGGCGGCGGGGUACGGCGUGUUCGGGAUGGACUACGAGGGGCAUGGCAAGUCCGCGGGCGCCCGCUGCUAUAUCCGCAGCUUCCGCCGGCUCGUCGACGACUGCUACUGCUUCUUCAAGUCCAUCUGCGACCUUGAGGAGUACCGGAACAAGAGCCGGUUCCUGUACGGCGAGUCCAUGGGCGGCGCCGUGGCGCUGCUGCUGCACAGGAAGGACCCCGCGUUCUGGGACGGUGCCGUCCUCGUCGCGCCCAUGUGCAAGAUAUCCGAGAAGGUGAAGCCGCACCCGUUGGUAAUCGCCCUCCUGACGCAGGUGGAGGACGUGAUCCCCAAGUGGAAGAUCGUGCCCACCAAGGACGUCAUCGACGCCGCCUUCAAGGAUCCCGUCAAGCGCGAAAAGAUCAGGAGGAACAAGCUGAUCUACCAGGACAAGCCGCGGCUCAAGACUGCGCUGGAGAUGCUCAGAACCAGCAUGUACAUAGAAGACAGCUUGUCACAGGUGAAGCUGCCGUUCUUCGUCCUGCACGGCGAGGCCGACACGGUGACCGACCCUGAGGUGAGCCGCGCCCUGUACGAGCGCGCGGCCAGCGUCGACAAGACCAUCCAGCUCUACCCGGGGAUGUGGCACGGCCUCACCGCCGGAGAGCCCGACGAGAACGUGGAUGCCAUCUUCUCCGACAUCGUCGCUUGGCUCAACCAGCGCAGCCGCAGCUGGACGCUGGAGGACCGCCUAAGGAAGCUGAUGGCGGCGCCCGGCAAGUUCAUCGACGGCGAGAACGGCACGGACGGCAAAGUGCCGGCACAGGAGCGACCUCACCCGCGGCGCGGUGGCUUCCUCUGCGGGCUCACCGGCCGGACGCAUCAUCACGCAGAAAUAUGAAGAUAGAACCACCAAUCCUGAUCAGAUGUGCACCUUGAACAAUGGCGAAUAAGGAAGUGGUGUUGUGUGACCAAUCAUUCCCUUGCCUCCAUUGCAGUGAACAUUUGCUCAGUAAUUAAAUCUUCAUAUUCCAUUGCGGUUUGACACUCAUGCCGAAACAUAUAAGCUUAUAACGCUAUGUGUUAUGACUUCAA